AUGCAGCGGCUCAGAGAUGACGUGGGCAGCCACCCGAGCGUGUUGCGCAAGCGCAUUGAGUCAGGCAAGGACCGGCUCAAGACCGAGUACCGCUCUUUGAACGCGCGGUUCGAGGAUGCCGACGCAAUGGUGCAGGAGAUGCGCAAGGAUGUGACUCAGCGCGGCUCGAUUCCGUCGGCGCAGCUGCUGCGCAAGGCGAGCGACGAGCUGGCAGCGGUGGCCCAGGGCUCGGAGGCGCUGGUUGCGUUCAUCAACGAGACGCGGGCCGACUGGAAGCUGACGUGGGAGGAGGAGCUGCAGAAUAUCUUGAAGGAGCAGAGCUUCGUCAAGGACGUCGAGCAGAUGCUGGGCGAGCUGCUGGACGAUGCGCGGCACCUGGACGGGGUGCUGGACAAGCUCGAGCAGGUCGUUGAUCUGCGCGUCCGCGAGCGCGCCAGCGACAGCUACGUGCCGGCUGCCGCGACCAAAUUCAUCGACGUGGUGUCGCCUGACGAUGCGCCUGACGCGAAGCAGGGGCUGCUGCGCCAGAUCACAUGCGUCGAUGUUGACCAUGAGCGUCGCCUGGAUGCCCUGCGCGCCGCCGAGAAGCUGCGGCAGCAGGAGCUGGCCGCCAAGGUCAAUGAGUUCGACCAGGAGCUAGCCGACUUUGUGGGUCAGCGCAAGCUGCGCAAGACCGGCGGCACCGAGGAGCUCGAGCGCAAGCGCAUGGAGAAGGAAAACGAGGUCCUGAAGGAGAUGAUGAAGAGCGUCGAGGAGGCCGAGCAGGCCCGUCGCGCCAAGAUCGCCCAGCGCAAGGCCGCCAAGCAGGCCAGGCAGGGAGCAAGCUGA